AGCCACAGAGAAUAUCAGGCUACAGGACCUCACAUCCAUGGAGGGAAAAUCUUCACCCAUGCUGGGAGAACCAGGACAGCGGGACAAAAAGCUGCUCCAGGAUGGCCCCUGGAGGUUUUUCUCCCUGGUAAUGACUCUCAUGUUGCUUCUGCUAGCCCUCAACCUUGGUGUGGUCCUGGCUGAGGUACUGCAGUUCUUUAACCAGAUGCAAGAAGAACUCAAGCAACUGGACAUCAAAUUUGUACAGGGUCUGGCAGAUGCUGGGCACAAGCGGGACAUCAUGUGGGGAGAGGUGUUCCGGCAAGUGGAGGCUGUGCGGGCAGGCAAUGAAUCCUCCUGUGAGCCCUGCCUGGAAAACUGGAUGGCAUUUCAGGGCUCCUGCUAUCAGUUUUCCACACAACUACUGGACUGGUUCAAAGCCAAGGAUGACUGCGCUAAGAAGGAUGCUCACUUGGUCAUCAUCAACAGUCAAGCAGAGCAGAAAUUCCUGAGUCCAAAGGAAGAUGUUGGCUACUGGAUUGGCCUUAGGAAACAGUACCCAAAGGGCAUUUACAAGUGGCAAGAUGGUUCAGUCCCCACUUUUGACAACUGGAUUAAUACCGAAUCUUUUUACUAUGACUGUGUCAUCCUGUGGAAAUUUGGCUCCUGGUUCUCUUCUACCUGCAGUGUCUACUGGUAUCAUUGGAUCUGUGAGAAACCACAGAUCUGCUGAGUCUGCUCCCUUUCCUCUGUUUGUGGUCUUGGGAAAAAUUGUCUUGAUAUGUGACCUCAUAAACAAUUCCCCAACUUCUCUGUGUAAAAGAGGAUUUCCUGAAAGCCCCAGUUCUCUUGGUAGCAUCUUUCCCCUUUCUUGCCUCUAAUUCUAAAUGCUGUUGAGGAACAUGAAAAAUGAUACCAGGAUGGAACAAUGAGCAAAAAAUAUUGUGUAGGACUUUCUACAAGACAAAUAAUAUAGUUUUAAAAAAAUGACAUAAAUAAAGGCAAAUGUAGUAUUGUUAGAAAAUAACAGAGCCUUAAAGACAUAGUUAAAUUAACGUGUAUACCAUGUUUGGGUUUUCUUUGAAAAGGUUUCUGAAGAAAUCACAAUAUUUGAGUAUGGAUUGUGUAUCAGGAAACGCGAAGGCAUUUUUAUUUAUUUGUGAGGUGUGCUAAUGGCUUGGUAUAGAUAGAUGAUUUUUUUUUAUUUUUUUUAAAUUUUUUUUAAUUUUUAUUUAUUUAUGAUAGUCACACAGUGAGAGAGAGAGAGAGAGAGGCAGAGACACAGG